CAGGCAGCGGUGGGAAGCUGCCAUCCUCCACCACGCCGCUUCAGGGACAGGAGAGAGACCUGUCGGGGCUUUGAAAAGGGAGACGGCCAUCUUCUCUUCUGCCGUGCCUGCCAACCUAAGCCGUUGCUGUGCCGUUACCUGUACGCUUUCCAGCGAGAGCAUGAGGCUCCCGGUUCGUGCUGCGUUUGCCCCGUUCUACGUGGCCCGCUGUGAGGAAGCGGCCGGGCUCCUGGCCUCCAAAUCACUAUUAAACAGAUACGCUGUGGAGGACCGGGCUCCGCAGUACACCGUCGGCGCCGCUGGCUCCGGCGCCGCCUUAAAUACGGAGCUGUCGAAUGGUUCUUUACCCUCGGAGGAUUUCGGCGUUCUCUCUGGGAUGUUCAAUGUCAAGCAGCUCCAGAUCGCCGGAGCGAGUGAUGUGCCCCACGCUGAGAUUCUGCGGCUUCCUGAAGCUGCUUACUUCAACUUCGCCUCUGCUGCCGUCGCGUGCCUGGCACGGGAGGGCGGGCAGGCGCUGGUUGGUUUCACGAGCGCUCCUGGGCAGGGAGGGAUCCUGGCUCAGCGUGAGUUGGACGGGAGGUUCUCGCCUCGCUUGCUGGACCGAGCAGCUUUCGGCGUGAUGACUCUGCCCUCCGUCGGGCUGCUGCUGCUCUGGGACUUGAAAAAGAGAAAAUACGACACCCGCAAGACCGAGAAGUGAGCAAAGCCAAACGGCACCGGCACCCCAGAGCUCAGGGGAGAGCAAACGUUAACCCCCCCCAGAACCGCAGGCGCGUUUGGAUCAGCAACAGUCUGCAAAAGCACUGCCCGGGCUACGCUUCGGCCCUGUCGCUUCAACGGCAGCGACGUGUUGCCUUCUCCCUUAGAAAAAAGAAGAAAAAACACCGAAAAGCCCACAGCCAAACCCCCUUGUCCGCGUAUUCAGAGCGGGGUCCCCUUGCUCUGUUGCAGACGAGGGCCGGUGAAGCCGCAGCGCGAAGGCGUUGACGCCCAGCGGAGCUUAUUUGUGGGGGCGCAGCUCUGCAGCGUUUCUGGCGGCCGUGCUGCCUCCCGGACCCCGUUCAGCCGAGUGGACCUCUGCCUGCUGCCGUCUUCUCCAUCCCUGUAAAUC